AUGGCGUGUAUUCUUAGAGUUCUCCUGCAGACCAGGCUGCAAUCACCGGCUGAGAUUCGCAGUCUGGCAAGAGUCAAACAUGGCAGUGGUGGUUUGGCCAAAGUUGAGGAAAAUGGUCAAGUUCUUCACCCGUUUGAUUUCAAAUACGGCACAGAUGAGUGGAUUGCCGUGCCAGAUGGUCUCUACUGUGAGCGCAUCUUCGGCAAUCGCCGGACCUACAAGCGAAGAGACAAGACCGGCUACAUUGAACUAGCCUGGCCUGCAGCCCAUGUGUGGUUCUCCGGAAAUGGCAAGCUGGGUAAAGCUGCGCGCAUGCUAGGCUGUAGAGCAAGCUCAAUCUUUUCUCUACGUCAGUGUCUCUCUGAUCUCUUCUUGGGCGAGUGGGUCGCUCCAAGUCUUGGGCCUUUGCAUGAGGAUCCACUUACUCAAGGUCCAAAGGUUCCUGCAAUUGGAAGCCCUGUUGCAGCAGCUCAUGCGCCAGUUUUAAGGAGCAUGCGAAUUGCUGACGAGGAAGCGCUGGAUUGUGCAGAGACACUUUCUGCAGAGGAACUUGCUUUGUCAAGAGAAGAGUACACAAUGGGGAAACUGCUCAAGGCUGUGUGCAAUGGCUUACCGCCGGAUGCAGCUGCCAUUCGAGAAACUGCCCACAGAGUGCUUGCUGUAGCGCAGUCAGCUGCGUAUUCUGAUAUUGAUAUUCGUGUUCUCGUCAGAGCCAUUUGUCUUGGGCGUGAGCUGCCGCGAUUGGUGCAGCAGUUGGUGAACAUCCUGCAAAGUUCUCAGGAUGCAAAGAGCCAAACAGAGCCCGCCUUUGAUACAAUGGAAGCGAGAUCAGAAAGUGUUGACUUUAGGUCAGUCCUAGUCUCCAUAGCCAUAGAGUCCCUGACAAAACUGGGGCUUUCUGACGAUCAAGCAGUCGAUUUGUUGGUGACGGGGUUGUCGCCAGACUCCAGACCUGAUGCUUAUUGUGGUCGUUUUCAGCAAGCAGCUCAAGAGGACUUUUAUCGAUUCUGGAGGUCUUUGGCCACACCUAAUUUUGGAGGUGACCUCGAGGCUACCUUGGACGAUGUCCUCCAAGCAGUGCGUAGUCAGGUCAAGCUGGAGGAUGCAACACGAGCGGCAUCAGCUUGCAAGAAAUUGCUUAACCAAUGCUUGGCUGCUCUCGAUGUGGCAUCACAUGCGCUGACUCCUCGGUCGAACUUCGAGGAGAAUGCCAACACGGUCACUGGAGGUGGAGCGAGUGGAGCGAGAUUGAGGAGGUACACGGCCAGAAAGCAGGAGCUGUUUUGGUAUGACCCCGCUUUGGCACCUGCGGCCUUCCAUGUGCAGGACAUUGAGCGCUUGGCAGAAAGCCUUCCUGGACAUCCUGCCGAGUCUUCAGUGUGCUCAGAGAAUGGUUUUGAGGAGCCAAAGGCAGCACCGGCCAGCAAACGACGGCGGCUUACCAGACCCAUGGAGCACAAACACAAAAACUCUCGUAGAAAGCGCGCCAUUUACUAUCGGGGCCAAACAAAGAAAGCCCCCUUGCGGUGGAACUUGCCUAUGCAGGAUGCCACCCGCCCUGGUUGCGCUGGUGGCAUGCGACCUCUCAAAAAGGGUGAGGUAAUCAAAUCCAACCCAACAUUGUGGGCUCGCUUUGCUGCCACAAGACCUAGGCCCAGUGCCGCUGCCGCACCAAUCCCAGCCAACAUGGAGGCUGAAGGAAGCCUCUACGUGGGUUGUGGCGGUGCAGCACUUCGCCAGGUUCUUUGUGACAUUGAGCCAGCAGCAACCCUCCAAAGACUGGUGUGGGACAUCAGCAGGCUUGAUGAUGCUCAGAAAGCUUGUGAAAUCUCACCAGGGGCAAGGUUGAAUUUAUGCCUAGUAAGCGCGGAGAAGCUGGAAAGCAGAUUUGGUGCAAGCGCUGAAUCCAGAAGCAAGCAUCUUUUGGAGAGGCGCGACGUGAUGGAGUCAGUUGUCGCCAAGCAUCAGCUUCCCGAGUGGUGCAUUUUUACAUCGUUUCCCGUUUUGCCGCCGGAUUUGAGAACUCGAAGCCCGAAUGCCCCUGAAGAACAUCCUGAUGAUUUGAACACGAUGUACAAGGAUCUGCUUGCAGCUAGUCGCAAUUUGGAGAUUUGCAUCGCGGAAAGACAAAGUGCAGGACUUUUGCGCUACCGGAAAGCAGUGCUGCAAGUUGCUGUGGAUUCCGUCAUUGACAACGGGCGCAUGAACAAGCCGAAGGAGAAGGGCAGCGGAGAGCCAUUUGAAUCUGUUGCAAAGCGGCUAAAGGGAAAGCAAGGCCGCAUGCGAAGCAACAUGCUGGGAAAGCGUGUCAAUUACUCUGCGCGAACUGCUUCUACCUCGGACAUCCAGAAGAUCAGAGAGAAACUGCUACUUGCAUCCUUUGCAUCCACUUGUAGCUUGGAUUUUUAA